AUGGAGUACGUAUUAGGAAGUGUUGCAGCAUUAGUAUCGGGUAAUGUGACACCUAGUCGUCCAAAAUUGAAGAAAAGGGCAUUAACUCCGGUUAAACAUCAGCCAUCGCCUAACGUUACUCCGAAGAGUGAGUUUACCGAUGACCGUUCAAUAUUUUUAUCCCCAUCGCUUCAAAAGAAGAAAGCAAUAGUUAAGAAGUCCCCAAAGCGUAUUUUUCAAAACCCAGACCUAGACGUAACUGUUGAUGAAGCCAAUAAUAGUGUGAAAAGCCCUAAAGUCGAUAAAGCAAAGAAACAUCUCAAGGAAGACUUAGAAAGUGAAAAUGCAGAUAAAACCACUGUAAAAUCACCUAAGAAGAGAGCUAAAGAUGAAGUUAACGUGAAUACCCUUCAGGAGAGUUUAGAAAAAUCUUCAAAAAAAAAGAAAAAGUGCCAAUCAGCAGAAUUGCAAUUUUCAGAAAAAGUUUCUGAGAAAAAUGUGGAGACGAGUCAAGUAUCCCCUAAAAAGAAGAAAAAAUCAUUUACUGAGGAAAGUACAAAAGAUAAUCAUGAAGACAAAGUAGUUGAGUCUGUUACUGAUUUUUCUCCUAAAAAGAACAAAAAGGCUGUGAAGGAAGAAACAAUUAAUGAAGAUGCUGAACAGGAUGAGAAUGUUAAAAGUGAUUUAAAUAAUGUAUUAAGGAUUAACAGUAAGAAAAAGAAAAGAGUUAAAAAGAAGGGAGGCUGUUCUAAAACUAAUGAAAAUGACUCUAAUAUUGGUAAAUUAGAGGAUGUCUCCAUAAACAAAGCUACCAAUGAGAAAGCUAAUAAAAAGCAAAAGAAAUCAAAAAUUAAUGUACAAACUGAAACUGAAAUAGUUGUAAAUCCAAAUGCUAUUACAAAUCAAGAUACUGACUCUGAACAUGAGUCUGAUCAUGAAAUACAGUCUGAAGAUGAAAAUAAGGAAGCACUUAAUACAGGGCUGGCUGACAGUUCUGACGAUGAAGAAGUCAAAGAAGAUAAGCAAUCAAAAACUAAAAAGUCGAAAGAUUCAAAAACUGGGGAAAGGAAAGCAAAGUCUCCUGAAGAAGAAGCAGCUGAAGUAAGAAAGACAUUAUUUGUUGGUAAUGUUCUUUUCAAGCCCAAAACUAAGAAGGAAAUUAAAAAGCUAUUCAGUGAAUAUGGUGAUAUUGAUACUGUCAGAAUUCGAGCUAUACCUGUUAAAAAUCCAUCCAUAACACCAAAACUAGCAAUCAUAAAAAAUGAACUCCACCCGGAGAGAAGUACUGUCAAUGUUUAUGUAAAAUUCCGGAAAGCAGAUUCUGUUGAAAAGGCUUUAGCUGCAAACAACAAAGUUCUCAAUGGAUAUCAUCUAAGAGUCACUCGUAGUGAUGUCACCGGGGCCGUGGACAAUAAGUGUUCUGUAUUUAUUGGUAAUGUCCCAUUCUCAUUGGAAGAUGAAACAUUAAGGUCCAAAUUUGAGAAGUGCGGAGAAAUUGAGUCCGUACGAUUAAUAAGGGAUGAGAAAACAAAUGUUGGAAAAGGGUUUGGUUAUGUAAAUUUCAAAUCAAAAGAUGCAGUCGAGUUAGCAUUGGCCCUAUCUGAAGAGGAUCUUACCAUAGGGAAUAGGGUACUCAGAGUGAGUCGUUGUAACCAAAAUGGCAACAGAAAAGGUGGUGCAGCUAAUAAUAAAAAAGUUGCUGGCAGAUAUGGAAAUGACAAAAACAACAGACCGUUUGGAAAUAAAAGAGACUUUGGUAAUAACAGAAAUUUCGGAAAUAAGAGGGACUUUGGAAACAAUAGAAAUUUUGGAAAUAACAGAGAUGGGAAUAAUAGCCGCUUUGGUGGAAAGUUUAAUUCUAAUAAUCAGGGCACGGACGGAGCAUAUAGAAGAAUAGCUAAUAAGAGGAAAAAUAUGGAUGAAGUUGAAGGACCAGCGAAUAAACAGCCCAAAAAACAGAGGAAAGAGUUUGUAGGUAGAACGGCUGAAAAGAAAAAGAAACAUACAUUCAACAAAGGACAAAAGAAGAAGAGGGUCUUGAGUGAAAUUUUGUCAAAAUAG